ACAGGCAGAAUCCCCUCGCUGUCUGAGCUCGGAGGCGCUCGCCAGUCCCGGCCCCGGGAGCCCCCGACGCCCCCCAGGGAGCCGCAGGCGGCAACUCCGCAGGCCGGCACUGGCAGAGGGGAGGGCGCGCGCGCGGCCGGCGGAGGGGAGGCUCCCACCUGGCGCCGCACCUGGGGCGCCGCGCUCCGGGCCCGCGGGAAGAAUGCGCGCCGCCCGUGCGCUCCGCCCGCCGCGUCCCGCAGCCCGCAGCCGCGGCGCCCGCACCUGACCAUGGAGUGUGCCCUCCUGCUCGCGUGCGCCCUCCCGGCCGCUGGCUCCGGCCCGCCGUGGGGCCCCGCGGGACUGGGGCGCAUGGCCAAGGCGCUCCAGCUGUGCUGCCUCUGCUGUGCGUCGGUCGCCGCGGCCCUAGCCAGUGACAGCAGCGGCAGCGGCAGCGGAUUAAAUGAUGAUUACAUCUUUGUCACACCAGUGCAAGUGGACUCGGAUGGAUCAUAUAUUUCACACGACAUUUUGCACAACGGCAGGAAAAGGCGAUCGGUGCAGAGUGCCAGGAGCUCCCUGCACUACCGAUUUUCAGCAUUUGGACAGGAACUACACUUAGAACUUAAGCCCUCGGCGAUUUUGAGCAGUCACUUUAUUGUCCAGGUACUCGGAAAAGAUGGUGCUUCAGAGAAUCAGGAACCCGCGGUGCAGCGAUGUUUCUAUCAGGGAUUUAUCAGAAAUGACAGCUCCUCCUCUGUCGCUGUGUCUACGUGUGCUGGCUUGUCAGGUUUGAUAAGGACUCGGAAAAAUGAAUUCCUCAUCUCGCCGUUACCUCAGCGGCUGGCCCAGGAACACAACUACAGCUCGCCCGCAGGCCACCACCCUCAUGUGCUGUACAAAAGGACGGCAGAGGCGAAGGUGCAGCCGUAUCACGUCCACCCCAGUUCCCGUCACCCCCCAAGUCACACUCCUCUUGCAUCUCAGAGUCAAGAGAGAGAUUAUCACCAUCGAAGGUUGCAAACGCAGCAUUUUUGUGGACGACGCAAGAAAUAUGCACCCAAGCCUCCCACCAAGGACACCUAUGUACGGUUUGAUGAGUACGGGAGCUCAGGGCGGCCCAGAAGAUCAGCUGGAAAGGCCCCAAAGGGUCUAAAUGUGGAAACCCUUGUGGUAGCAGAUAAGAAAAUGGUGGACAAGCACGGCAAGGGCGACGUCACCACAUACAUUCUCACAGUGAUGAACAUGGUUUCCAGCCUAUUUAAAGAUGGGACUAUUGGAAGUGACAUAAAUAUUGUUUUGGUGAGCCUCAUUCUUCUGGAGCAAGAACCGGGAGGAUUAUUGAUCAAUCAUCAUGCACAACAGUCUCUGAGUAGUUUUUGUCAGUGGCAGUCUGCCCUCGUUGGGAAGAAUGGCAAGAGGCAUGACCACGCCAUCUUACUGACGGGAAUCGAUAUUUGUUCCUGGAAGAACGAACCAUGUGACACCCUAGGUUUUGCUCCCAUCAGUGGAAUGUGCAGUAAGUACCGAAGUUGUACCAUCAACGAGGACACGGGGCUUGGCCUGGCCUUCACCGUUGCUCAUGAGUCAGGGCACAGCUUUGGCAUGAUUCAUGAUGGGGAGGGCAAUCCCUGCGGGAAGACUGAAGGCAAUAUCAUGUCUCCAACACUGAAGGGGAAAAAUGGGGUGUUUUCAUGGUCUUCAUGCAGCCAACAAUAUCUCAAGAAAUUCCUCAGCACACCUCAGGCUGGGUGUCUGGUGGAUGAGCCCAAGCAAACAGGACAGUAUAAAUAUCCGGACAAACUACCAGGACAGAUUUAUGAUGGUGAUACACAGUGCAAGUGGCAAUUUGGAGCAAAAGCCAAGUUAUGCAGGCACAGUUUUGUGACGGACAUUUGCAAAUCACUUUGGUGCCACCGAGUGGGCCACAGGUGCGAGACCAAGUUUAUGCCUGCAGCAGAAGGGACCGCUUGUGGCUUGAGUAUGUGGUGUCGGCGAGGUCAGUGUGUCAAGUUUGGGGAACAUGGUCCCCGGCCCGUCCACGGCCAGUGGUCCACCUGGUCGAAGUGGUCAGAAUGUUCCAGAACAUGUGGCAGUGGAGUCAAGUACCAGGAGAGACAGUGCAACAGCCCCAAGCCUCAGUAUGGUGGCAAGUUCUGCCCAGGUUCUAGCCGUAUUUAUCAGCUGUGCAACACUGAACCUUGUAAUGAAAAUAGCUUGGAUUUCCGAGCCCAGCAGUGUGCAGAAUAUAACAGCAAGCCUUUCCGUGGAUGGUUCUACCAGUGGAAACCCUAUACAAAGGUGGAAGAGGAAGAUCGAUGUAAACUCUACUGCAAGGCCGAAAACUUUGACUUUUUUUUUGCCAUGUCUGGCAAGGUGAAAGAUGGAACUCCUUGCUCUCCAAACAAGAAUGAUGUUUGUAUUGAUGGGAUUUGUGAACCAGUGGGAUGUGAUCAUGUACUUGGCUCUAAAGCAGUUUGGGAUGCAUGUGGUAUUUGCAAAGGUGAUAACACAACUUGCAAGUUUUAUAAAGGCCUGUACCUCAACCAGCAUAAAGCAAAAGAAUAUUACCCAAUGGUCACCGUCCCCGCUGGGGCCCGAAACAUUGAAGUCCAGGAGCUACAGAUAUCUUCCAACUAUCUCGCAGUUCGCAGUCUCAGCCAAAAGUACUACCUCACAGGGGACUGGAGUGUCAACUGGCCUGGGGAGUUCCCCUUCGCCGGGACCACGUUUGAGUACCAGCGCUCCGCCAACCGUCCGGAACGCCUGUAUGCACCCGGGCCCACCAACGAGACGUUGGUCUUUGAAAUUCUGAUGCAAGGCAAAAAUCUGGGGAUAGCUUGGAAGUAUGCACUUCCCAAGGUCGUGAACGGAACCCAGACAGCCAUAAAAAGACGCAUCCAUGCCUGGAAAACAGUGCAGUCGGAUUGCUCCGUCUCCUGUGGUGGAGGUUACAUAAGCAUAAAGGCCAUUUGUUUACAAGAGCAAAAUACUGAAGUCAAUUCUUCAUUCUGCAAUGCAAGUACCAAGCCAGCAACCGAGCCCAAAAUCUGCAAUGCUUUCUCCUGCCCUGCCUAUUGGAUGCCAGGUGAAUGGGGCGUGUGCAGCAGAUCUUGUGCGGGGGGCCAGCAGAGCCGGAAGAUCCAGUGUGUCCAGAAGAAGCCCUUCCAGAAGGAGGAAGCUGUGCUGCAUUCCCUCUGCCCAGUGAGCACGCCCACACAGGUGCAAGUCUGCAACGAGCAGGCCUGCCCUCCAAAAUGGAACCUUGGGCCCUGGUCUCAGUGUUCCAAGACGUGCGGGCGAGGGGUGAAGAAACGUGAGGUCCUGUGCAAAAGCUCUGCCACAGCAGAGAGUGUCCCUGAGAGCCUGUGUGCCAGCAUCCCAAAGCCAGAGUCACAGGAGGGCUGUAUGCUAGGACGGUGCCCCAAAAACAACCGGCUGCAGUGGGUCAUCUCUUCGUGGAGUGAGUGUUCUGCAACUUGUGGUCUAGGUGUGAGGAAGAGGGAAAUGAAAUGCAGCGAGAAAGUCUUCCAGGGAAAUCUGAUAACUUUCCCAGAGCAUAAAUGCUGCAAUAUUAAGAAACCAAACCUGAACUUGGAAGAAACCUGCCACCGAGGGGCUUGUCCCACUGGUCCGAUGUACAAUCUGGCGGCUGGAUGGUAUUCAUCACCAUGGCAACAGUGCACGGUUACCUGUGGAGGAGGGGUCCAGACCCGGUCGGUCCACUGUGUUCAGCAGGGCCAGCCGUCCUCAAGUUGCCAGCUCCAGCAGAAGCCCCCAGUGGUACAAGCCUGUAAUACAAACUUCUGUCCAGCUCCUGAAAGAGAGGAUCCAUUCUGUGUCGAUUUCUUCACCUGGUGUCGUCUAGUUCCUCAGUAUGCUGUCUGCAACGACAAAUUUUACGGCAAACAGUGCUGCAAGUCAUGCACAAGGAAGAGCUGAUCUCCGUGCCUUUCCCCAACAUGUUAGGGCCAGGGUUUUGCCUUUCAGCCUCCAGCGACACCAGCCAGCUCUCCAAUGGGAAGCCGAGCACUGCAAACCACUUGUGAGCUGCUGCAGUGUUUGAGGACCCAGCCCUGAGGAGCAGUCCAGUUGCCACUAGGGUCCUUAUGCAAUUCACCAAAGCACACGGUACUCUGAAGCACUUGAAACUGGGACGCGAUGA